CUGUUUUAAUUAAAGCGAUGUUUGUUAUCCUUGGUUACUUUCUAUAACGUCAUAUUUAAGCCCUUUAAAACGUCAUUAAUUAUAACCGGUAAAUACCUGAGUCCAAACGUGGGUUAAUAUUGACAAGUGGAAGUGACAUGCAAUUAGUGUUUUUUGGUUAGAUUAGGACCGAUUCCACCGUUGUGUUAAACGAAGCUUAAAAUUACAUAUUUACAUUAACAAUGUCAUUUUAAUCUCCGUUUAACACAAUGGUGGAAUCGGCCCUUAUAGAAUUAGCUCAGUCAAAAUUGGAAAUGACAUUAGCUACGUAAAUUAUAAAAAAAUGCUUCUGACACCAUGUAAAAAAACAUGUCAAACUGUUCCUUAUUAAAUUACAACAUCCAGUCUACACAAAUAUAAUUCUUUUUGCACAAGAUUGUUUUAUUUAAACUAUCCUAUCUAUUUAAUUAAACAUUAAACCGGUAUUAUAAAUCAAGUUGUCUACACCUGAAUGAUUAGUCAGUUAUUGCGUCGUUAUUCAACUAGCAAUCUCUCGUCAAAAAUGGUUCAAUUACAUGUAGUUACUGGAUAUGACAAAUUCCAGGAAUUUUUCAAAAAUUUCGAUAGCCAAGGGCAAAAAGUUCACGUACUCUAUUCGAGUAUCAGGAAAGACGAUGGUACUAGCUGGUGUACAUAUUGCGAAAGAGCUUGGCCAGUCAUAGAUAAAGAAUUGGAAAAAACUGAUCCAAAUUCACAUUUUGUUCGUGUUCAAGUUGGAGAACGUGAAGUAUGGAAAGACCCUGAAUGUCCUUUCAGGAAGGAUCCCAAAACAAAGCUUCGUGUAUUGCCAACCCUAGUUAGAUGGAAUGGACCACAAAGAUUGGAGGGUGAACAAUGUGAUAAAGCUGAUCUCAUCGACAUGAUGUUCAAUGAUGAUGAUGAUUAGAUGGACUUAAUGAGAAUCCAUUGAUGUUUUUUUGUGUUUAAGUAUUUUAUUUUGGAAAUUGUAUCUACAUCUGAUAAAAGUAUUCAAUUUCUAUAUUUA